AUGACAGGAAGAGCGCCCACUGCUCUUAUGUUGAAUGGCGUAUCUCUUGUCGGCUUUCCUUAUCCCAGUUGGGUUGCCUAUGAAAUGUAAAAUCUAGCAAAAUUAGACUACUGGCCAUUCUUGGCGAUCGAAUCGAUUUAGACAAAUACUGUAAACAUGAAGAAGAGAAUUUACCUUCUUUUCAUUUUGUGUGUCACAUCACCGACUACGAUUUCAGGUAAGUCUAGUAUACAUUUCUGUUUACUAGUUUCUAUAUACAGUGUAGUUCGAUUAAAAAUAAAUGUAUAUAUUAAAUUCAUAUUUCCUCAAGUUUUCUUAAAAGGCAAAGUUCCGCUGCUAUCUAAAAGGAAUCUCUUCCUAGCGAUCGCUUACUUCACAGUGAUUGCUUUCUUGUCAUGAAAUCGGAAAACGACGCAUCACAAAACCCGCUCGAAGGCGAUGAAAUAGUGAUUCAGCUGCGGUCAGGCUCAACAAUUUUGCUUUGACGACACCUCAACACAUCAGUGGCUUAAAUGUUCGUACAUCGCAGUUCAUCGUUAGAAGAAUAAAUGUCGUGCCAAAAACUAAUAGGAUUUUUAAUUUUAUGAUCAAGCGGCGGGCGGGCCAAAACCUGCUCUUUUUGACACUGUCUCAAUAACUUCUGUGUGCUCUUCUAAGAACUUAACUGGUGGAAGUCAAUGACCAUUGAUUAUCAAGCCUUCGCUUUUACGCUUCGGUGAAAAAACACUAGAUUUUCGCAGCAAUAAAUUUAAAAUACACCGCCUGUAAUAUUUAGAUCAGUGUCCUUUGGAAGUGUUCUGACAGUUGUCACAACAGACCCUUUCCUUUAAGUUGCCAAGUUUAAAAGUGAUUUGUUGAAAACAACAACAAUAUAGCCCUCUAAAGUCGCGCAAUUUUAUAGUUUGCAAGGUGGAGGGCAAUUCAUGUCCCCCACCACUACUAACGUAUAUACAUGUAAAAUUUCGCAACCUUGUGAAGCGAUAUCCUCGCCCGCUUUGGACGUAUCACGUUAAACUUUAGGGUGGGUACUUUCCAUUUGUCAAAUCAAACAGUCAAAAAUCAGUGGAAUUGUUAAGAGAAAAUGGAACAACAUUGUUCGAUUGAAACAAAGUUUCCAAUCGAAUAGAAGCGAUCCAUUUGGGUUUCGAUUGAAAUUUUGAUGACUGCUAAGCAAAGUAGGACUGGAAACGAGAAUUGUUGGAAAUUGAACGGCAAGUUUCGGUCUGACCGGACCGACCGGUCAAAGAGGACCACCUCUGGAGGUGGACCGCAGUGAAAGUGUCUAUUACUGAUGGAAAGGCCGUGUCAUUUAUGAGUUAACUUUUUAAUAUGCCAUCCUUAUCGCCCCUGACAAGACUAAACCUUGGGAAGUUUUCUCUUGUCUGUUACUCAAAAGGUCAGUAUUUGUGAAAAUGGUAAACUUGAUCAGCGCGACGAAGUUUCAUCGACACUCAAAUGAAUGAUUUGGACAAUUUGGACAAGUGCAAUAUUCACAUAUUAAAUAACUUCUCAACAUUCUUACAGCAGUUGUAGAUCUUGUAAUAGGAAAUUAAUUAGUUUCUGUUAACGUUAAUUUCCGUGCCAUUAAUUAGGUCAGUGGAGACUUAAUUUUCCCCAACAUAAUUUUAAUUACUUGUCCUUGAUUUGUCCUUAUGCUCCAGACUUUCCUAGCACCUAGGAUUUUUUCUCUUAAUCUCGAAAUUUAGGCAAAGUACCGCAAACAUUUUUUUUGCACCUCAGAUCAUACGCUUACUUUUUUUUGUUUAUAUAUUGGGAAGAAAUUUUUCAAUCAAUUCGUGUGAAUUUAAGUUGCGCUUUAAAUGGACGUGUCUUGUAGCCUCGCAUGACUGAGGGUGGUAAACGAGCGAUCAAAAAUUCCUUGACCUUUGUUCCAAGCAGGAGCUAAUUACUGUUCCAAUUAAGUCAAUAAUACUGUAUUUGAAACAAAAAUCCGGAGAUAAAACGGCCUUUUAUAGGUCUCACGGCCAUGUUUUACACUUGGCAUAACCCCCAAUGUGAACAGCUUCUCUACAAACUUUGAAAUGUGCUUUUUUGCACCCAAAAUAGAAGUAUCGUCCUUACUAACGUCCUACCUCUCCGUCGUUUUCUGGCUAAAAUAAUGGAACGAUAUUUCUGUAACAACAAGCAAAAUUCAUUGAAAAAUUGCCUUUUAUUUUUAAAAGCUGAUGAAGUCGAAACGAAAGCAGACAACAUGGCAGAAGCAAUUGCACAACAAAACAAAAAAGUUGAAGAGGAAAGCAAAGCCAUGGAGAAAGCCAUUGACGAGAAAGGGAAACAAGUAGAUACUAAAGAACAGGAAGAUAAAUUUGAAAAAGCUAGCGAAAAGGUUGAUGCCAUGGGGAACGCCGCUGACAAGAAAUUUGAACAGAAAGGUAACGUUUUAGUGAGCAAAUAGAGCUACAUUGCGCGAUAUUUCAAGUUUUCUUUUAAAGACCUUUUUAUCUUUAUUGUUACAGUAUCUCGGUUCUUUCUGAUCUUAAAUCCCUUCAAGGGAGAACAUUUUCUUGCCGAUAAAUUUACAAUAUGGACUGCGUCCUACCACAAGAGAAGAUCUUGAAAGAAAAAAAAUGUCGUCUUUUUGAGGGGCAGAAGAAUAGGGAUUUCUCGUAGACGAAAACAGAGUAUUGUAUGAUAUAUCAAUUCUCCUGUAAGGGACCACCCUUGGUACACGAUAAAGUAGUCGCUUAUGGGAGGUAGUCGUCAACGGUAAAAAUCAAGAAAAUAAGCUGAAACUGAGAUGAUUAACGCGAUUGCGUAAAGGUAUUACCUAGCAAGCUAAAAAAAUAAGCAAACAGACAAGGGGAACAGGUAGUUUUGUUUUCCCGCGAGUCCUGGUACUGCUUCCCGUAUGUUUUUCUUUGAUUCAAGGUCGGAAUGCUUAUACAUGUUCGUGUUGUAAAAACAACUGUUAGCAGGGUACUGGCAGAUAAUAAACAGGCUAUCAAAGGUAAUGAAAAGGGGAGUUUGAGCGACACAAUUCAAGAAAGGCUGCGAUUGUUUCACAUUAAAAUAUAUAUUCGAAAGUUAAAGGGUCUGAAGACAAUGAGUAUUAAUUAAUGUGUCUUAAUUAAAUACUUUUCGGGCAUUGACUGUUCGAACCCCUUAUCCUUCCACUUGCCAUCCAGUCUUCAUCAUAGCCGAUAAAUAUUGCAGUCCUCACUAAAGGAUCGCAUCUUCGUUUUAGCCAGUUUAGUUGACAAGCUUGGUAAUGAGGGAAGCGAUGCCAUCGAAAACCAAGCAAAGAAAGUAGAAACUCUGUCUAAUCAAGCAGAUUUGGCUGAGGACAAUGCAAGUAAACUGGUAGAUAAAAUAGGUAAGUCAAUUAUCAUUUUCACCGUAUUUAUUCGAUUAAUCGCCGCAGUGUUUAUUAUUCUGAAGCGACAUUUAUUCAAGGGCGGUGUUUGUAAGAGGGCGACUUUUUUUUUUAAAUCCCAUUUCGUAAAUCAUUAACAACAAUUUCGAUAAAAAAAUUGCAAAACAGAAAGAUGUUUUUUCUAUAGAAUUGUAAUUGUCUGGAUGGUGUAGAUUACCAAGUUGUUCCGAGGUUUUUCCAUAAUCUGAUACCAUAGUACUCUUUUGAUCUUUAAAGUUGUUUAAUGCCACAUUGACUUCAUCUUGUUCUUGUUAUUAUGCACUUUUUGCUUAAAGAUAAAUCCUAUAAACAAAAUGCAAAGCUAUUUCCAAACACAAGCUCCUGUGGACCAUAUUGUAACCAACAUUCCAGUGGUACCCCCCUUUCUGUACAAAAGAAACUAUUGUGGAAUCGUCAAGACGCUUUAGCGUCGCAGGGGACAUUGGCUGACAUUGAUUGGCGCUACAUGCCUCCAUAAAUGAGUCCCCGUUUAUAUGAGGAAAACCUGUCCCGUGUCGAAAGAUCACCCUCUCAGCCGAGAUAUGAGAUAUGAGAAAAAAGUUGACCCCUUUUCCCGAGCCAAAAGCACUUCGGCAAGUUCCGACUGCCUCACAGGUUGACCCGGAGAAAAUAUGAUGAGAAACGUUGGCCCGGCUAGGAGAGUGACCCUACCAUCAAAAUAAAAGGGGCUGGCAAGGUGGGUCACCCUUCUAGCGGAGCCGACUUUUUGUUUCCAAUGUAAACAGCUCGCCAAGUUUUGUUACCUCGGCUAGGUGGGUGAUCCCUCUACCAGUGACAACGCGUCUCCAUAGAGAUGAGAUCAAAGGCUGUAUGAAACUGCAACCUAAGAGUAUUAUGGUACUUAAGGAAACGUCUAUCACUGAGAGUGGCAUAUACUACACCAAUCCACCUUCAGACCCAGGCAUUUGUGAAUUUUUCUGAGUAAGAUCGUGUAAAUAAACACGAACAACAUUUAGUACUUUUCCUGUACUAGACUAUUCCUCUUAGACAAGCAGUUACACCAUUGUUAGCAGGGGCACCCAACGACCGUUUUCGGGGAAAUAUCUGUUCGGAGCCCUUUAGAAGGGCUAAAAUUUUCGAGAGCCCAAGAACAGCUAAAAAUUUCGAAAAUGUUUCGUGGUGACUGUUCGUUGGGCUCAGAGUUUCGGGAUUUGUGUGGUUUGUUCACCUAAGAAUUUCGGAUUUUGUAGUAAUCUCUAGAUCACCUAGAAAUUUCGUAGCUUUCGUAAACUAAAAAUAGAGCAAAAUUUUUAAACCCAGCUGACAGUCUCAUUAGCAAAAAUUUCACACAACUCAUUCAAAACCCAACGACCCUUUUCUGAGGGUCCCCGGCUUACCAGUUACGCGUACGCGAGCGCUAUAUCAGCGCGCGCAUCGCGUGAAUAGCGCCUGUCAGUCCUGUGUAUCGGUCGAUGGACACUCAGGACAGUAUCGUAGCAGGACUACGGAUGGAGGGAUAACCCAGACAACGCUAUUGUAGCACUGUUCUCGGCAUCGCAUGUAUCUGAUCUACCUAAUUUUAAUAAAGCCACAUUUCUGACAUUUGCAGUUACAGUCAACUGUGUAGAAAAUAGGCAACUUUCAGCGUUUCAGUGAAGUUUAGCCGGCGAAAACAGACGUUUUUCCACCGUUUUUUUCUUUGCUCGCUCAUCGCCACCUGGGGGGUGUGUGUGGAGGGGGGUGGGGGCGAGGAGCGAGGACAAACUACUGCUGGCAACUUUAAAUUUUGGUCAUGUGCACUUAAAUACUUUUUCUUUUACACCUAGAAUUUUCUAUACAUUCAUUAGACGUUUCAACUGGCUUUAAAAUCACUUAAAUGCCUUUUCUUUUACACCUAGAAUUUUCUAUACAUUCUACGUCGCCCUAGAAAAUUCGGAGACAUUCUCACACUAGAUAAAGUUUUCGGAGAAAACUUGAAAGGACCCCUAAAAAUUUCGGUCAAGGGAAAAGCUCGUCAGGUAAUCUUACGUUUUCGGAAAGCUUUCACUGUAGGCUGUUAUUUUCGGGAAAGGCGAAAAACAGCCCUAAAAAAUUCGAGAGGGUCAAACCACUCCUAGGACGACCGAACAGAUCAAAUUUUUCUAGCGAUGCCAAUUAUUCAUUUAUAUUGCUUUUAAAGCACUCCAGGAUGCAUAACGAGCCAUUUCAGAUCAUUUCCCAGAAAACGGUGGUUGGGUGCCCCUGUGUUAGUUAAAGCCAAGUAUUACAAGCGAUAAUGUUUGUUAGAUGAAUGCGUUGAAAACGAUGUUGUAAAGAUGAAAUAGAGAGUAUGUCCCCCACACGUCCUUUCUUGUAAACUAACUCGCCUAAUGUUAAUUCAUUACUCUGCCGGCAGUAAAAUCAAAACUCAGUACAAAAUGGCCAUUUGGCAAAUCUCCCCGUUCUCUUGUAACACCUUCAGACCCACUGACCUAAAAACAGAAUUUACUUGAGACAAAACUCAUUCUUAUCGCAUGUGAAAUUAAUGUUAAGAUCAAUAAAGGGGACAAGCAAUCUAUCCAUAUCAUGUUUGUUUGACCAAUCAAACUACGAGUAAAUUGGGAUUAAUUUACUUGACAGAUAGGCCAUUUACGCCUGAGAAUCCUGAGUCUUUCCUGUAUUCCUGCAAAUCCUUGCUCAAAACUUUACUCUCUUAAACCAAUGCAAUUAACAACUCGUCGAUCCUUGCAGAAAUGUUUUAAAAAGACAAACAGACCACGUUUAAGCAUUGACUCAUAAUCAGUUCAAAAAAGCCCUCUUAAGUUCACAAACAUUUUACCGUCCUUCUUUAACUGACUGUGCGACUAUCUUUUUGACUUUACAACUGAAUACGUUUUGCAACACGACAUUUUUAACGCACGUGACUCUCAUCAAGUCCACGAAGAAGAAAACAAGGAAAAGAACAUUUUAAAUCUGGUUAGAAAACGUUUAGCCUGUGCGCAAGCUGUCGUAAUAGGGGUUGAUGUUCCUAGUAUCUUGAUUUGGUUUACUUUGUAAGAUAUUCCUCUUUUACUAAACGUACUUUUUAGUUCAAGCAUACUUGAGUAUCUCUAGAGGUUUUCUUUACCAAACAUCCGGGUAGUCCCCCCAAAUUUUAGAACGUCGUUGCUAAAGACUGGCAAGAAUCGUUGCUCUUUGUACGACAACCAGAGAAAGUGACAAACAAGAACGACAUUGUUGUAAGACACUUUAAUAUCAAUAUAUCUAAGGCCCUUCAUGGAUCCUCAGUGUGAGGCAGUGAUUUCAACAGGCAUUUGUGAAUUUUUCUGAGUAAGAUGGUGUAAAUAAACACGAACAACAUUUAGUACUUUUGCUGUACUAGACUAUUCCUCUUAGACAAGCAGUUACACCAUUGUUAGUUAAAGCCAAGUAUUACAAGCGAUAAUGUUUAUAAGAUGAGUGCAUUGAAAACGAUUUUGUAAAGAUGAAAUAGAGAGUAUGUCCCCCACACGUCCUUUCUUGUAAACUAACUCGCCUAAUGUUAAUUCAUUACUCUGCCGGCAGUAAAAUCAAAACUCAGUACAAAAUGGCCAUUUGGCAAAUCUCCCCGUUCUCUUGUAACAACGUCUGGCUGGAUCGCAAGCUUUAACAAGCAUUCUUCCGCUAUCUCAUGCUUGAGUACAACUGUAUUAAUUUUAUUCCGUGAGGAAGAAAGUGUUCGAUCAGAGUUGUUUACAAAAUAUGGCAGAGAAGGAAAUAGCAAGCUGCGCGAAUGAUAGGUAAUGUUGGUAUUGAUGGCUGAUGUUUUGACACCAUUAUUCUGAUAAUGGGUUCUUCCAAGUUGGGUUGUUGAAAAGAUAUAAAAGUCGCGCUGUGAAGACUAAAAACUGUUGUAAUUGCCGCGAGAUUCUUUGGGAUGUAUUUGUUAUAUUCGCGAGCUCAAUGUUGUGUUGCAAUAACGCAUUCCGUUGGAGUGAAGAAGAUCAUAUCAAGAAUUUUCGUUUUUAUUAAACAUUUUUGGUAUGAAUUUAUAAAGGCAAGAACAUCGAGCAGGAUACUGACAGUACCAGUCCUAAAGCACGGAUGAGUAUAUCCUACACUCUGCAGCUUCCUCGAGAGCCUCACGCGGAACAGAUGAUUCAGAGAAUGUCGGCUUACCAAAACCAGAUAAAAUCAAACCAGGAAGCAGAAAAGACAUACCCAUGGCCUUUUCGCCAAGAACUUCAGGGGAACAACCCAAAUGUUCAGGAAACUCAAGAUGAUCGCAUAAGCGACAUGAGCCUCAAGCCGUUUAGUGAAGGUUACGCCGCAGCAGAAAACGACGCCAUGUCAAGCGAGGGAUACAAUCCUCAAAAUAUGCGUAGUACCUUAAAGAAAAUAGUUUACCUGCCCCACCUUCGACUCCCAUAUAGCAGUCGACACAGACAGCAUCAUCAUCAUCAUGUUCACCAAUAUCAAGCUGGAUUUUCCCGAGGACCCGAGAAAAUUCCAUUUGCCAAACCCACUUCUAGAAGCAGUGAUCUCGGCUUGCUUGUAUUACCGACUGAUGGACAGAAACAACUGCCUGAAGAUAUAAGGACACAGAUGGAGGAUGAUGAGAUGCUGAGAAACGCAGCUAAACAAACUUUCACCGGUGCCUCGAAUGACGAUGAACAAGGUAAAGUAAAUACAGUUACCUUUUCAAACAAAAAUAAAAUAUUUCUUUUGCAGUAUAGCUGACAAUAGAUGUCUUGAUGAAGUCCUUGCAAGAAUUGAUCCCAUGGUCAUCCACAAUUUCCUAGAGUGUAGGAAACAAGCAAAAAAACAUUAAUAAACAUUGGUAAUUUGAAAUGAAACAUUUCAAGGCCUCAAUAAUAAGGUGCGUUCCUUUAGGAUGAUCCGGAUCAGAAUCAAUGAUCCGAGAUCACUCGGUUCAUGGUAGAUCAAAUGAACCGAUGAAUCCGCUCUAAGAAAGGAUUCAUCGGUUCAUUUGAUCUACAAUGAUCAAAUUGAUCUUGGAUCACUGAUCCUGAUCCGGAUCAUCCUAAAGGAACGCACCCAUAGAGACGUCAGACGUGAGAGACGAAAUUAAUCAUUAUCAAAUGGUACCGCAGGAAAACACUCAAAAGUUACUCACCAGUCUUCGCGUGAAUGGUCACUGUAGACGCCAAUUCCAUUCACAGGAAAUUCCAAUAAAAGAACGCGAAGACUUCUUUUCGAAAAUUUGGCAAAGCAAUCUCUUUGCGCGAAACCUUGCCUCCUUAUGUACGUCGAAAUAAGGACAUAUUUCCAUUUCCAGUAUGUUAACGGUCAAGUCCUCACUAUUUCUAUGUUGCCACUUCAAAGAAGUAUUUUUAAGGCAAUCCCAAAUCUUUUUUGGUUUAAGUUAGAUUAUUUUAUCUCUAGUUUGUUACAAGCAAAAUACUUAUUAGAAUAGACAGAACAGCCUUAGAUGGGGUUGAAAAGUUUAAGAGAAGUAAGGCGAUGUCUGUGCUUUGUUUACAGAAGAGAACAUGAAAGAAGAAUUACGCAAAAAUGAUGCAGAGAGUGAUAUGGAGAGAAAAUGGAUGAAGAUCAACGCCAUAGGUACUCCGGAAAUGUUCAUGCACUGGUCACACCCUGGAAAGAAACUGGCCUCAAUUGGUCAACAAGAAGUCAGCAUUGUAAGUCCAGGGGAGGUAGACCUGCUUCAAACGGAAUACCCAGACUAUCCCAAGCCAAAGGCUCUGGGAGGGGACUUUCCAGGCGUCAUCAGAAGAACGAUUGCAAAGAAAAAGGCGGCCACUUCAAAGAAAUCAAAGAAAAAGAAAGCUUAACAAUCAAACAAAAUAGUUUAAUAAGGUGAACAAUUAUCUUGUAGCGCUUAUAGAAUUUGGCGGAACUGACAAUGUAUUAAUAGUAUUUAUAUGUAAGUCUGGAAGACCAGAUCUAAAAGAACCAAUCAAUUCUUUAGCUCUCUAAAAUAAGCUAAUUUAAAGAACAAACGGAACACAAGUUUACUAAAUAACUUUCGUUUAAGAUACCAAUGUGAUAGACAAAAACAUUAUUUGCCGUCAUUUUUUUCCAACAGCUUAAUCUCGUUUGACCAAGCUUUUUAAGUUAGGUACCAACAAUACUGAGGUAUUUAUACAGCAGGCGCAUGCGCGAUAGUUACUCAUACUCUUUUCUCUCAAUCUCGUUUCCAGAGUCCGCUUUACCCUUGUCCAGCUAAACGGGCAAGGGGGUCGUUCCGUUGGACAAGGGUAACGGGGAUUCUGAAGACGAGAUUGCGUAUCUCUUGCUCGCGCAUGCGCGAUAGUCACUGUAUUAAUGUAUUAAUUAACACCCUCCAGGAUUUCCAUUAUUCUUCAGAUGAUACGAAAGCCGGUUUCAAUAAUAGUUUUAUUAUUCCUUCAAAAUAAUUCCUAGUUUAAAAAGAAGCUAAGACAUGCUUAUCUCCACAGACGUUAAGUUCAUCUUCGAUAGUGCAUGUUUAUCGGCAAGUUUAGGAGAUAAAGGGUCGUUCAGGUCUGCAAAUAUUCUCCAAAUAGCAGAUAUCGUCCGUCGAGUUGUCUUCACGCUCUUCUUGUUAUGUUUUUAGCCAACAGUUGCCCUAUUUCUUCCUCGUGAAACGAGUGAUAUGUUCCGCCAUUUUGUAGUCACUACCAAGAUAACUCAACCUCGUUCCCAGGUCUUCUCGAUCAGGAACGGUUCUAUUUUUGACGUCAUUUUUUGCAUAUCGCAAAAUUCUUCCACAUUUGGUCGACAACCAGAUCCAAAAGUACCCGUUCGAUGUUAAGCGCUGUCAUAUCUUCAUUGCCUAACCUGGUCAUUUAAUAACCGCCCUUUCUAUCGCUGCGAAAAAAAUAGACCCAGUGGGUCAGUUAUUGAAACGGGGUUUAGCCAGUGUUUAACAAAACCGCGUUCUAAGCCAUUUUCAGUUUACCGAACCCUCUUAUGUAAACACCAUUUAUCGUUAACAGUUUCAUGAAAGCAUAUAGCGUAGACUAUUAAUGAGAGAUCUGAAGAUUUUCUAAACCGUGGCCUAAGCUAUAAAACAAAAGAAGCAAGGCUGAUUUUAAAGUCGGGAAUAUAUAUAUAUAUUUCCCAAUAUUUCGGAAGGCACGGCCUUCCUUCUUCAGGGUCUUACAUAUAAUCUAAGUUAGACGUCGUUUGAAUAGCCGAACCAAUGUGUGUACGCUUCGGAGCGAAAUGGAGCCUGCAUCUUUGAUGGAAUUACUGGUGGUGCUGUUUUGGACUAUUCUGCGUUUGUUCUGCUGCUUAGAAUAACAGCUAGUCCUUAGGACUAGUCCCGAAUGAACACUAACCCGCAAUCAAGGUCUUUUAAGUAAUAUAUAUGAUUUGCUAGGGGCGAAGUGUCGCACGUUAGCGGUGCGGGAGAGCCAGUCAUGGCUUGCUCACGCAGGACCUUUCGUGACUUGCGAUUUCCAAUGGAGAACUUGCUCGUAGACUAAGUGAACCAUCAUUGGUAGAGGGUGUCCAAUUAGACUUAGCAUGCGCGCAAGCUCUCCGGGGCGCUCUGGCCGCGGGGCCUGCAAAGUGAGGAGAGCUCAAACUAAGUCUCUGGAAUUUGAUUAUCUGCAUCGAAAAUCCGGCAGAUGCGAAAUGCUGAUUGGCGGAGAUGACAUUAGUAAUUACGUCAAUACCCUUGGCACGUGUUUUUCAAUGCUUGUUUACAUUCGCGCUCCUUUCCGCUUCACGCUAAUUGGAGGAAAUCUGACAACUUAGUCUACGGGGAGGCACAGUGGAAUUACAAGUGGAAUUCAACUUCCAGAGACAUAGUUGCAAGCUCUCCUUCCUUUUCCCGCCCCGCCGCCUGAGCGCCCCGGAAAACCUGCUCGCAGGCUCUGGUCACACAAGCAAGCAACCUAAUUCCCAUGCGAGAAAUCAGUUCAGAAUCUGAACUGGGUCGCUGAUUUGUUACUCCCACGUCCACAGGGAAUUAAAGCUGUAACAGUGAACUUGAUUGGCUGCUUCGAAGAACUUCGCCGCAUGAUAUUAAAAACCAGUUGCUAUGUUUAUAACAAACAGUUCUGCAGUGUUGUUUGCAUGAUGUCCAUGAUGAUGAAUUCUCACGGAUUAGUACGCUGGGUGCAAAAGGUUUUUUCUUUGUUUUUCCUAAUUCCUGAUGGUUUGCGGCGCGGUUUAUUUGCAUUAAAAUGCAGCGGAAAUGAUGUUUGGUUUGGUAUAGUCGCUUUGUCAGGAAACGUUUAGUUUGACCUGUUACAGUAAUACAAGUGUCGCGGACCGGAAAUUCUUGUUAUCCUGUUGACUUUUAAAAAACAGCUAGUUAGAGAGUGUGUACUUCUCAAACUUCUCAGCUGAUUUUUGUCCUGUUUAUAUACCAGGGGCACCCAACCACCGUUUUCUGGGAAAUGAUCUGAAAUGGCUCGUUAUGCAUCCUGGAGUGCUUUAAAAGCAAUAUAAAUGAAUAAUUGGCAUCGCUAGAAAAAUUUGAUCUGUUCGGUCGUCCUAGGAGUGGUUUGACCCUCUCGAAUUUUUUAGGGCUGUUUUUCGCCUUUCCCGAAAAUAACAGCCUACAGUGAAAGCUUUCCGAAAACGUAAGAUUACCUGACGAGCUUUUCCCUUGACCGAAAUUUUUAGGGGUCCUUUCAAGUUUUCUCCGAAAACUUUAUCUAGUGUGAGAAUGUCUCCGAAUUUUCUAGGGCGACGUAGAAUGUAUAGAAAAUUCUAGGUGUAAAAGAAAAGGCAUUUAAGUGAUUUUAAAGCCAGUUGAAACGUCUAAUGAAUGUAUAGAAAAUUCUAGGUGUAAAAGAAAAAGUAUUUAAGUGCACAUGACCAAAAUUUAAAGUUGCCAGCAGUAGUUUGUCCUCGCUCCUCGCCCCCACCCCCCUCCCCACACACCCCCCAGGUGGCGAUGAGCGAGCAAAGAAAAAAACGGUGGAAAAACGUCUGUUUUCGCCGGCUAAACUUCACUGAAACGCUGAAAGUUGCCUAUUUUCUACACAGUUGACUGUAACUGCAAAUGUCAGAAAUGUGGCUUUAUUAAAAUUAGGUAGAUCAGAUACAUGCGAUGCCGAGAACAGUGCUACAAUAGCGUUGUCUGGGUUAUCCCUCCAUCCGUAGUCCUGCUACGAUACUGUCCUGAGUGUCCAUCGACCGAUACACAGGACUGACAGGCGCUAUUCACGCGAUGCGCGCGCUGAUACAGCGCUCGCGUACGCGUAACUGGUAAGCCGGGGACCCUCAGAAAAGGGUCGUUGGGUUUUGAAUGAGUUGUGUGAAAUUUUUGCUAAUGAGACUGUCAGCUGGGUUUAAAAAUUUUGCUCUAUUUUUAGUUUACGAAAGCUACGAAAUUUCUAGGUGAUCUAGAGAUUACUACAAAAUCCGAAAUUCUUAGGUGAACAAACCACACAAAUCCCGAAACUCUGAGCCCAACGAACAGUCACCACGAAACAUUUUCGAAAUUUUUAGCUGUUCUUGGGCUCUCGAAAAUUUUAGCCCUUCUAAAGGGCUCCGAACAGAUAUUUCCCCGAAAACGGUCGUUGGGUGCCCCUGAUAUACUUAAAACUUGAAGUGUAUCUUUUGGAAAAGAAUUUCUGGCAAUUUUUAAUAGCACUUUCCUUUGUUAGUGAGCUUUCGCGCUUUCGCGCAAUUCUUCUUUAUGCAAAGCAGAUGCAGAGCCACGCGUCCAUCAAAUUCAAAUCUCAAAUCUCAGUCACCGUCAAUGAAAACAAAUAUGCACAUCAGCUCCAAACCAGUUUGGUGAGAUAUAUAAUCCUUAAAAUUGCAUGGAAAUGAGACUAGCAGCUCCUGUGACCAAAGGUUAUUUUUUUCUCUCGGCACUUCCGCGCCUCGUUGACUCGGCUUCACCGCGAACCAUCAGUAUCGAUAAGAAAAAAUCCUCUGGAACCCAGGAGUCCGAGUUUCCUCAUUUAAAAUGGCCGAGGGGCAAAAAGGGAGAUAGGAAAUUAAUUUGUAUGUUCAUAAUAAGUGCGCGCUUUACAGAGCCGAAAGGAAUCUGGGUAACUCGUGUCAAGUCGAAAUGGAAUUAUUACUUAAUUCUUUGACAGAAUAGAGCUCAGUUUUCUCGAAUUCGGCACGUAAACUCACGACAUCUUAUAUCCAUAAUCACAAUGGCGUCUCCCUAUAAAGUCCCAAUAUGUCGACCAGAAAUAAGCGAUGGAUCCCAGAUCCAAAAAAAAAACACUCUUAGUUCUGUACAAAUCAGUUUAAUGUUUUUUAAAACAAGGUAGUCAGUUUCACAUGACGUGUAACAAAAUCACAAACUUACAAAAUUAAUCACUCCUUAAAAUAAUUGCAUUACUUUAAUAAAGGAAAUAAAGAUUAUGACUACUUUAGAAAGAUUUUUAAAUUGGUGUUGUCUUUAAUUUGACUGCGAAAGUUUUCGCUUACAACCUAGAAGUUGUUUUCAGCAGUCUACAAGCUGCCUAGCUUCAAGCAGGGAGAAUUUCGCCACUCAUGGUUGUAGAGACACGCAUUAUUUGCUCUUAUUUCUUUUCGACAGCCUAAUCGUGUUUUCCCACGCUUUUACCUUACGUACUGACAAUCCUGAACUUUAUCAGAGAAGACGGCGGUAGCCCCGGAUCAUACACAUUCUUCCACCGUACGUAUAGUUGCUGGUUUAAAUAUUAUUUUCUUUUGUUUCAAACUCAUUAUCAUACAUUACCAUACCCCGAAACAGAAGAAAAUAAAAUUUAAACCAAGGAGAAAAUUGAACCACAACAUAUACAAAGAAACGUACCACAUUCUCUUAAAGCGAGGAUCGCGUAGCACUUAAAAAUAGGAAUUUUAAUGUAUCAACUUGAAAGAACCUCACACCUAAAUGGAGAUCAAGAUCGUUUUCAGGGGCUGCGUUCCCAUUGUCCAGUGGAUGGGUAACAAUGUUAGGUAUGUGCUUCAUAUACUAAUUACCAUGCACUGGACAAGGGUAACGCAGCUUCUAGGGACAGGAUUGAAAAUCAACUUGUGGUCACAGAAUAUUAAGUUCAUGGCUUACAAGUCAAUGAAACGUUACCAAAAUUUAAUUAACUGGAAAAUGCACCAGCGGCUAAUUCAACAAUUUGGACUCGUUCAGCAUGUCGAUUGUUCAUGCUUUUAUUCUUUGAGAAGAGAGAAAAUAAGGAAGAAAGACAUAACAGAGAUAUAAAGAGGCAUUAAGAGAGACAUGGGAAAUCAUUUUAAAGUCAAAGUGAGCAACGAGACUAAGAAGAAGUGGCAAAAAAUAUGACUGAUGGCGCUUGAAAUCCUAUUCUGCUCAGACCUAUGAGUCAAAAUAUUCUUGCUUUGUUUAGUAAAAGGAAAACUAUACGGUUAGAGAGACUGAAUCAACCUCAGCAUUCGACCGCUGGCUACAUACUGAUAGUUUUUCAUGUAAGAUCCCUUUUAGUUAUCAUAGCCAAGUGCGGAUACCUACAAGUUGACCGCUAACAAAAUAUUUGAUCUUUUCAUAAAACGCAUGCCACCAAUACUAAAAUGAGGUCAUAAAAUGCUUGAAAACAAGUAAAACGCCAGUUGUCUUACACAAAAAGCAAACUACAUGUGCUUGAGGUGGCACAAGUCAGCCUUUCAUGGAUCAAACUACUAGUAUUUAUCAGUUGAUCGUGAUGCUACAAAAAUAGUAUCCACCGAUAGAAUCGCCCAAUGAUUAGUAAAGAGGUUAGGCAGCAUUGCCGACUAUGCUUCUUUCCAACUUGUUGACUUCACAUAAACGUUUAUCAUAGCAACGAUAUAACACAGUCAUAGCAACAAUAGAACACCCUCUAAAUGAGCUUUAAAUGUUCAGAAUUAAGGCAAACUAGGUGUCCCUUGUGUUCUUAUUUGUUGAGAUAUAAUCAUUAUGCUAUAGUUCAACGUUUUGCAAGGAUUUUUUUAUUGUUGUAAAUACUUAAAGCCAUCGUAUAAUUUGGUAAAUUUAAAACGGCUGAGAGCCCUUCCCACAUGUUUUUAAAAUCUUUAUCAUUAUCCUAAAUUGCAUAAUUUUUAACACCAGGUACCGAUCCUGCAAAAUGGUAUAGAGAGUCAAGUUGCUUGCAACUCUAGUUGUAAAUUGCAAAAAUUGUAAAACAACACAUAAAUUCUACCAUCAAGACUUCUUAUUGCGAACAUCUUCUGGGAGAAAUAACUGGUACAACCACAACUGCAACAACGACAGUGACUGGGCGAGAAUACUGGUAGAUAUCAAUCUCUUUAGCUUGUAUGUUUUGUUUCCCCAAUGCAUGUGAUAAUACUCUUGAGAACUGUUUCUUUAAAAGGUUGUCUUAUUCUUGUGCAUAUUUACGCUUAAUUUAUGAAAAGACAAAGGGCCAAAUUCCCCUGAGACUUUCAUUGGGAAAAAGCAUACGAGCUAAAGAGAUAUAUUACAGGUUUUUCACAGUCUCUUAAUUUUUACUGAUUUACAGCUGCACUUUUGACAUUUUAUAUCAACCUUAUUACAGUUUAGACUUGUACUAUCCUUUAAGAUCUUUAUACUGUGGGGUCCUCACCCUUUUCACAUUUUAAAAGCCAACAAGACGAUGAAAAAACGUAAUAUGCAAAUUCGAUACCCGACUAGGCUAUACCCACAAGUCUACCGGAUAGCUUUGCUUGCCGACACGAAAAGCUAUCCGAUAUAGAAACAUCUCUGUUUACAAACAUUGUUUUUGUUAUUUAAAUUUGUAACAAGUGAAACAAUAGAGUCCUUUGUUUCAAGAACCAGUGCGUUUCUGGUUAACACAUUGACAUCAAUUGUUGGUUUUCACAUGACGUCACUAAAAUUGAAACUACAAAACUAUUGGUCCUACCGAGAUUUUACUUUCACGAUGUAUUAAAGCAGCUGAAAACCAAUUUUCAUACAAAUUUUCGCUUCAAAAGGGUUCUUGGUUUUGUGAUAGAGUAGGCUUGAAUUUCUAAGCUUUUGGGUGGCACGGCAUUUACGUGGCGGCCGGGAGAGCUGUCAUGUAGGUUAAAAAAUGACUCAUUUCAGGACAUUUUGCUAUCUAAACAGCUUUUGUAUUAGAAAAAGUAUUACUUUAAUGUUUAUAUUUUCCUGGAAGAAUAAAUUCACGCUUUUGUAGCAAAACUCGGUAACAGAUGUUUCUGUUGGUUUCCGUCCGCCAUGUUGGUGCUCAUCCGGAUGAGCACCAGCAUGGCGUCUCCAUACAAAUCUCUGUAAAUUUGGGUAGAACAUUUUUUCGGAUAUCUUGUAUACGAAAUAUUCCUCUGACCUGGAUCUUGGCAAGGAUCUUUGCAUAUUUACCUCCUUUCAUUUCCCAGAUUCUGGACUUAAUCUAUUGAACAUUUUUGAUUUUUAUUUUGAUCUAUUUUGAAUGGCGUGACACUGAAAACCAGCAAUAGGUGACGUCAGCAUGAGAAUCGCUAUAGUGUGAGCCACUAUCCGAUAUGUGACGCUCCAGUUUAGAGAACGGCGCGGCGCAGCAUCGCUUCGUCAUAGAAAACGCGCCGAAAUCAGAAACCCUAUGCGGUAUGAUAUUCGUGCCGGCGCAAAAGCUAUGAUCCGGUAUUGUGUGAACAUAGCCUUGCAUAAUUGUAGGUAAUCGCGCUAACAUUCCAAUGUCAUCCCCUAGCAUACUUUCGUAUGUAACAUAAUUGCUAAGUUGAUGACAUAAGCCCUGAUAAAUGAUAACGCCCUGACUUAGAAAGUAGGUUUUAACCACAGAUACGUUUAGCCUGGGAUAAUUGGCCUGUCGGUUACUUUUAUCGUACGAUUCUAAUUUUCUGUAUCUCUUUCUUCUUUUUUUGCUGAAAAAAAAAUCAUUUCGUCGUGCCCAGGGCCAACAAAUCAUGUCAUUGUAAGAAUGCCAACCAAAAGAACUGGUGACAAGAUAGAACCUAGCAAAGUUGUCGUUUUUCCUGAUUCUGCGGUGAAGGGCACCGACACAAGAAACAUGCAGAUAAAAGAAUUUCAUCCUCAAGAGGGCAAAGGUAAAUGGCUCGCGGUUCAUAUUCCAGAUCACAUGCCUUAUCCAAGGAAAAAAAUAAAAAUCAUUGCCUCAAUAAACGCCGCAAAGGAUUUGGAGAAAGUUGUUGGCCCAACCAAGGAAACGCUUGCAAUGGAGAUACAGUCUCUACUUGGAAUAAAUGAAGAAAAUUUGCAAAAAAUGAUUGCUAAAGGGAACAGCGAUGAUGAGAACGAAGGAGAUGAUGAGGAUGAUGAGGAGGAGGAGGAAAAUGAUGACGAUAAUGAUGACGACGAUGAUGAGGGUGACGUCACAGGAGAUCCUCUUGACGAUGAACCAAUGUCAAGUAAGUGUGAUGAUUCCAACAGCGUAAGCGCUUCGAAACAUAAGAAAAAAUGUAGACCUCUAGGAAAGGACAAAUCAGCAAAAACCACAUCAUUUGGAUCUGGCUUAGGUGACCAAGUGAAAGAAAACGAUGAUGACAAAAAGCCUAAACUUCACGUUGAACAACCUGAAGGAUUUGAACUUCGAUGGGAGGACUUAAUAAACAACUUUAAGAAUUUUAGCGUUAAACGCAAGAAAAAGAUAUGCAAACUGUUUGCUUUGCAAAACGAUAUGUGUGAGCGUGUGACAAGACGGCGGAAACACAGCUUUAAAAGAAAACUGAAGCACUAUCUUUUGAAAAUGCUUAGAAAGUUCUUGAAGAAGAACAAGAGUGAAUUCGAGGACUACUUAAGCACCAGGUUAGUAGAGAACUUACUCCGUUACAGGGCUUGCUUUCUAUUUCUAGUCAUCUCAGUUUGUAAGUAAUUAGGUACAUUUUUGUAUUUCAGUUGUGGAGCUUACUUCCCAUCAUUGAAAGUCAUAGAGAAUUUUAAGAUAAUUUAAAAGAUGAAGGUUAAAGAGCUAGGGUUCGGACCAGUCAUUGCACUGUACCGUAAUAUGUAUAUGGGCUCAGGCGGUGAAGAUCGUCUUUUCCUCUCCUUUGGAAUAACAUAACUCUUCAUCGCCUUAAUGACGGAACAGAGUUAAUGUUUAAUUAUGGCUGGGACUUGUACAAGGUACCUUGACCCACGUCAAACAUCAGUCUCUCACUACACACCUUGACUAACUUUAUCAUACUUCACUGCCUGUUGCAGUUCACACUUUACAGGCCCUUCACACGUUUAAAAGGCAAUUUUUCUUCCAGUGCUGAGAAAGGUCUUGAGAGCGGCACGGAAAAACGGAAGCUCGAGAUGCCAGUAGUCACUUCAAAGAGAUCUUUACUAAACAUAUAAUGAUAUGCACCAAAGUUGGCACUAAGCAAAUUUGAGGGGAAAAAAUAACUGGAACAAGACUUAGAAGUAACAUCACAGAAUCAUCAAAAAAGAUCAAGAUAACAAAACUGUGAUGCAAUUCAGAGUGGGCCAAAUGAGUUAAAAAGAAAAUCUCUUAUUACAACAGGGUCCUUAGCUAGAAACUAAAGUUAAAUACAAGCUUAGCAUAAGCAAAAUCUUAUAUACACCUAAGUGGAUAAAGGUUGCUUUGGCAAUUGGUCAUAGGGCGCAUAUUUGGGCUUUGGGCAUUUGGGCGUACGGAAUUCACUGCAAUGAUUUGCUUGAGUGACCACCAAACAACAGCUGUCCAGUGCGCAAUUGCCUAAUGCCUAAAGUAACCUUGCUUGAAUCAGAUAUAAAAUACUAAAACAACAUUUUGCAUUGGUUGUACAAGGUUGAAGGAUGCCUUAACAGGACGAAUUCAACCCUCCGAAGAUGGUCUCUUACAUAUAUAUGACAAAAACUCAGGAAAGAUGAACAUGGAAGACUUCUUAAAGGACCUCAACGAUGGUACACCACCUCAACUAGGAACCACAGCCGAUGAGACACGAUUAGCUUUGCCCCAGUCUAAUCUCAACCCUAUGGCUCUAACUAUGGAUGACAAUACAAUCAACGGAAAUGUUUUUCGAGUAACACCUCAAACAAAUUCGGAAAAGCUAACAACAGAGGAAGCUCCGGAUCAAAGUACACCAGAUGCUGUAUCAGCACUCAACAAUAUCAUACACCCUCUGCUGAAUGAUCAAGAUAAUAACAUGGAUGAAAGGCUCCAAACAAAAAUUCUGCAAGAAGAACUAAGUAAGAUUACAGAAUCUUCCUUACUUUUUGCUUGUUUGCUUAGUAACAAAACUGCAACAUAUGUAGUUUUCUCUUCGGUAAUUAAUUACAACAAGGGGUCAUAACGUUGUUCAGAAAACAAAUCGCGGUAUACCUCGAAAAGAAAACAAAUAAGCAUUUCAAUAUCUUAUUUAGUCGAAUAUGCGCCGCCCUCAAACAAGCGCCGCAUGUGGACAUAAAAAAGUUGAUAAGAGUCGUUCCUGAAUAAGUGCCGCGGCCCCGAUACAAUCAAAAUCAACAGACGUUCCUGUUCGUUACUGAAAAUAAUAGUACCAGUAACAUAAAUGAAACUAUUCUUUUUCGCGACCAACAUUCAUGAAAACGCUGCUCUUAAAUAAGCACUGCCCUCGAAUAACCGCGGCAGUUACAGAGUGAGCGUGGCGCUUAUUCUAGUAAAUACGGUGAGUUGUUUGGUUUUUUUUUGGUUCCUCUGCAAUGCUUGUUCACCAAGCGGGGUGACAUUGUGUCGUGUAGCGUUUGCUUCAAAGGGUCAUUGUUGGUCUGUUAGCUCCAUUUCUCACUAUUAACAUAGGCGCUAGCGACGGAGUCGUAAUCGAAAGCGUAGAGCUUAUGGUCUCGUGAAAACAGCGUUUCGAUUCCGCUUUCGUUCCGCUUAUGACCUAGUGAAAACCAGAUUGUCAGAGUCGGAGGCAGAAGCGAAGAACUAAACCAGUCACGAAGUGUGGGAACGUGCAUUGUUAUUGGUGUAUAGCUUCCGCUUCUGCUUCCGACUCCGACAAUCUGGUUUUCACUAGAUCAUAACCGGAACGUAAGCGACGGGGUCGUAAGCGGAGUCGGAAGAAAUGGAAACGUUUUGAUUCUUCUGACUUCUGACGUCGCGCUUAUGACUCCCCUGACGACUCCGUUUUUUGUUUUGAACAAGUUCCAGAGGAGGAUCGAAUAGUAUCCCAUGAUGCAUUUUUCCAGAAGCAUCAGGCAAUAUCGCAGUCAUAGCAGAUUCCAUCUUGAAAUAAGGUCGUUUUCUCGUCGGCUUUUUUCUCACUCGAUUUCCAGUAAAAGUAAAGAAAUUACAUUAUUUCGUUAUUUGACAUGAUUUCUCCGAUUUGCAAUGGCUUAAGAGCGAAGUUUCCACUUAGAAACAUUUAUUUUCACGGUUUCAAUUAGUCUUCCCAUCACAAAGUGUUCAGUGACCCACAACCAGGUCAUGAAUAUUCAAGAUUUUUUGGAAUAUAUGUUGAAAUCUUACAAAUGUGGACCUCACGCCAGCAAAAUGAAGUCCUGAAUAUUGCACAGGCCAAGAAGUACCCAGAAGUACCCACAUUUUGAAGACUUUUUUGUCGACCAAAGAUGGCUGAAAUUUCGAAUCUUUUAUCACAUUUCAACGCCAUGUGUCAUAAUAUAUGUGUAAAGCCUGAUGAAAGCUACAAUCUGUUGGGCGCUUUUGAGAGCGCUUUAUGCCGAAGCAAUUACUUUGUAUUUUCAAAGAGGUUAUUUUUAAAAGGAAUUUUACUAUAAUUAUUUUAAUUCGAAGAAGGAGCGGUGUAUAACGGUGUGUUUCAGUGUGAAAACAACCUAAAGAUAGGUACCACGCAGCAUGCAAGCCGGCACAACGUAAACUGAAGCCUGCUCAGAAUUUGAAAAAGAAAUAUCAUAUUUAUGCAAAAGAACAGAUCGGUCAGUAUUCUGGCCAGGAAAUUUCCUUGAAGAUUGCUUGAGUCAGUACCGGGUAGACUGUGCUUCAGAGAAUUGUUUGUCGCAUCGAUAGGUUAACUGCCAUUGUAAACUUCAGCUCCUUUGAGCGCGAUACUGUAAUAAAUUCUCAUUUGGUAAUUAGCUUCACAGCGUAGCGGAUGUUUUGUUGGAACCACUUUAUAGAUCAGUCAUAGUUUAGGUUCUCCUCUGGCCUGGGUUCUCCUAGGGAACCUAGUGAAGCUUAUCAAUUGCGAGUCUUACAAUUGGUGUUUACAGUGCGACCGAGCGCGGCACAAGUAGUUCUCGACAGAUCAGUGAAAUACAUGUAAAACCCUUCUCAGUCAAAGCAACGCUGAAAUUCUCCUUUAAAGCACGGUGAAUAUAAGCCAACUCGAUAAUCUCAAAAGCAGAAGCUGCUGAACCGAAACAUGUUUGGAAACCAUCCACAUCGAGCACUGCGAUCGAUGUUCACUUCGCGCGUGCUGAAGAUUACUGAUCAUGAUGUGUCACGUACGCAGUGAUAAUAUAACAUGAAUCGAAGUGCAUCAUGGGAUACUAUUCGAUCGUCGUCUGAACAAGUUCCUAAGCGCUUUUACGACUCCGACUCCGUCGCUAGCGAAAACCAGCCUUAAGGCAAUACACUUCACUUUGAGACUCCAAGGGAAAAACCACAAACUCUCUAUAUUUUUUUUCCCAUGGCCUUAGUUUUCAGUGCAUCCUUGGAAGUCCAGGAUUAAUUAACCGGGACGGGAAUAUUCACUGAUGAAAUCGUGCUCAAAGGUUAGAAGAAGGAUGGAAAAAAGCUAUCGACACAUACUUAGGAAACCAUUUACCCCAAGUGAAGAGAUGUUUGUUGUUCAAUAUUUCCAAACACACAAUUACUGUUCAUCUUAUUCCAUUUUUUCCUCUUCAGACCAGCUAAGAGGGCGUUAGAUGCAUAUUCAGAAAUGCAACUCCCCCAUCAAUACUGUCUUAUUUCAAGUGUCAAACUAACAUUGCUUCGUUUAGUAUCUUGUUCUUUAAUCUCUUACUGUUGUUUUGGUUUUGUUGUUUAAGGUCAUGUCAAUGCUGAACAAGAAGAGCAGGAAAGACAGAGGAAAAAAGAUGCUUCGCUCAAUGAUCGCCUUAUGUACAUGUUCAAGCUACAAAAUCUUGCAAACCACAAACUGGAAACGACAGACGCCAAUGGGGAAAUCGGAGGCCAGCCAAUCAGUAUAGUGAAUCCUCACCAGGUGUCUCUAAUGCAGAUGGAUCUUCCAGACAAGAACCCGGAUAUACCUUUAUUAACAUCCAGUUCUUCAAAAGAGUCAGAAACGAGCGCAAAAGCACGAACAAGGAUCAAAGAUUUACCUUUCAGAAGGAAGCCUCCUUUUACCAGAAGAGUAGUAUAUAGACCAAGGUUAUCGUUAUAUGAUAGACCACGGUUGUUGGGAACCCUCAAGUUAAGAACUAGUGGAAAUGGAACCUGGCGACCUACGGGGAGAAGUUUUUGGAAGCGAAGUUACGCAAGUAAAAAGAAGCCUAGGAGACAAGUUACUUGAAAUCUUAUUUCGGACAAGCUAUGCUUAUACUCUAAGGUGCUCGAGUAAGAUGUUUGCAGGGCACUCGAGUAAACACGUCUAUUUUCCAAGUACUCAAGUCAGAUUCCGGGGCGCGGGCCGGUACUCUGGCAUUAGAGUAGGCACCAGGUCACUUUGUCCACCCAGUUUUCGUUAGUCUCAUGCCCAAAACUCCCCAGUACACUCACACUUCAAAAUGGCGUUUAAUGGAGCAAGUCCAACACCAUUUUUUUGCUGCUAGCCAGGCACUGGUGCUUACACUACGUUUCAACAUGCUCUUUGUACAUGUAGCCUUGCUUAUGAGCUGAUUUUUUUCAACGCUGUUGUUAUGUUGCUAUCUAUUUUUAAGGAGCAGCAAAUAGGUAGUAAAACUAUAGCAAAUGUUCAACAAAAAUUAGCGAAUAUACUGAAACAAGGCACUCAACUAGUCUUUGUUUUCGUUUGCUAAACUACAAUAGUUUGUAGACCUGUUGGGAGCUCGAGAAUCCUUGAGUCGUGGGCGAUUCGGGGCUGUCUUUUCACAAUCCGUCUAAAAGUUAUUUUCUUAGCUUCCAUUCACUGUUUGAAUUUUUUAAGUAAAAUAAGAGAGCUUUAUCUGUUUAGCUUGCAUUAUGUGCAUAGAGUUCUCUCGUCUCGGGCACGCGUUCCUUAGAAAAAUAGGGAGCUUUAUCAUCGACGACGGCGACGGCAGCUAAAACGUCACUUUUAAAAUGAAUUUGCGUCUUAUCAAACUUUGUCGCGUUUAUUCGAGUUCGUUGAAAAUGUUAAAUGUAGGCCAAUCUUCCAGAACCUGAUUUCUUGGGGACCACACUCAAGUUUAGAAAGAGACAGAAAAAAUCGUCGUCGCUUAUUUACGCCCUCCAUAGUAGAAAAAAGUUUGAUGCACGUGCAAAGAUGUUGGUUGGCCUAAUAAAGCUAUUGCGUUUUCUGCCGUUGCCCUCGCCGUCGUCGUGGCUUAAGCUCCCUAUUCGUCCGGGUUUUUUUAAAAAUAGCGAGCUUUAGCGGGAGAAAACAGCCGACAUUUCGCAAAGCCAUCACUGGUUUCUCUGCUUACUGACGCCUAAAGAACGAGCGUAUGAAUUCUAUUCUCAUGGGGUGUUGCUCCCCGGUGCAUCUCAUUGGUCGUGCCACAAGGGAAAUCUGCUUCAACCAAUCAGAAGCACUACCUAGAUCUGCGUGGUCACACGUCAUAAGUAUGGAAUUUCUACGCUCGUUCCUCAGACGUAAAGAUCAUGAUUUCGGGGAGCAACCUGUGAUGGUGUCGCGAAAUGUCGGCUAUUUUCUCUGGUUAGGUAAACGGAGGCAUUGCUAUAAGUAGUGCUAACUUUUUCGCUGUAUGCAGACACUUACCGAAAGGCCUAUACUAGUUUGUGGAGAUUGACAAAAAGACAGUGGGCAAAGAGGCUUGUAAGAUUAAGUGAGAAACAUGAUAUUUUAAUAUAAAGGGUUUCGUCAAUCGUUUGUCUAAAGAUUGUCACAUAGAUAUUGAUCGCGACGUUUCGACCGCGUACUGCAGGUCUUCAUCAGGCGAUAGUGUCGAUUUAUAUAUUACUUAGUAGAACUAGUUGUACCACCAUUCUUGUUAGUGAUUGGUGCAUCACAAACCUGGCUCAUGGUAGGUGGGUUCCUAUCCAAAGCAUUGUUGGCAUUAUUAGAGGAGGACCCAGUUCCCUCAGUGGUCCGUUGUGGUAACGAUCGACUGCUAUGUUGUCUGAUCGUGGGUAUCCACGCUUCAGGAAUCUCAAUACCAUUGUCCCUGUUGAUGUUUUUAGGGUCAAGUCAUAUGUGAGUAGCCUCUUGACUGUACGAGAGUACCAAUGAGGGUCUCGGUCAAUAAACUUAACCUCGUCCCAGAGCAGAUAAUGUCCAGUCUUAUUAUACACCAAUUUUUCAUUUUUUUUUUUUAGUACAAAUAGUUCUACUCAGUAGAUCGACACCAUUGCCUGAUGAAGACCUGCUGUACGAGGUCGAAACUCCGCGAUCAAUUUCUUUCUGACAAUCGUGAGACAAACGAUUAACGAAACCCUUUAUACACAUUAUCCUCGAUGAAAAAUAUCUUUCAUGAAAUAACAUAUUCAUAUUCAUAAAACUUCAAUAACGUUAAGUUUCUUUUCCAUGUAUAUAAGAUAAACCGAGAAACAGAAGAUGGCAGCCAGCACUCGAAUGCUCCGGCUCCCUUCGUUACGUACAAAUUAGGAAAAUUUCUCAUGCACUCGAGAAAAAAAGCUUGUCACACAAAAUUUGCUGAAAGGGGGCGGGAUGCAUCUGGAUGUCUCCUGUCUUCUUCAGUUUCUAUGUGUAUAUAGCUGAGCAUAAUUUUGAUCUAAGUGACAAAGAAUAUGAGUUUACUUUUCUUGGAAUAUUUUAAAUGAAAAAUAAAUGGUCCAUUUUAUAAAAACAACCUCUUGGUCAUUCAUCGAUAUCAUCAUCGUAAUCAUUUUUAUCAUUCAUUGACGAUAUUUCGCUAUUUCUGAUUGCCAGCGAUUAACAUACUUGGAAGACAACGACAAUAUUCUACUGAUACGAUGGGUUAUCAGAGGUUAUUGACCCAAUAUAAAAUAUCAACCUCGUUUCGAGGCAGCGGCGCGGCAGCCUAGCUGUUUAUGCAUGAGUAAGCUUUAAAAAAAUAGCCAAGAGUUUACGAUUAUCCCUAGACGAAUUCGCCGAAUUUCUGACUAAAUUUGAACAGACGAAAUUGGAAGAAAAUGCGAAAAAAUAUGACUCAAUGGAUGUCAUCUACUUUUUGAGGAACACAUCUGCAACACAAAAUCCCGCGAUCGUGUCGAGAAUUAGAAACAGGCGAAUUUUUUGAAUAAAGUCUAUGAGGAGGCAAUUCUUAAGAACUUUUUUAAAAAAAAAAUUAAAUUAAAUUAAUAAUAGAACAAUAAUUGAGUUUGGCUUUCGUAUGAUGUGAAGAAUUAUGCAGAUAACCGAGGCUGUCGGCCGAAGGAGAAAAUCCUCCUCAAGCUGAAUAAUUCUUCAGAAUAUAUAACUCAGUCCAAUUUAAUAAUUGUUUAUUACUUCAUGAAGCUGGUGAAAAUUAAAGGCAGCUUGGAAGCUGGUGUCUACUCUGACCUGCUACAGCAAUACACACACCAGAGGCACCCAACGACUGUUUUUGUGAAAUAUAGUAAAUAUCUGUUCGGAAAAGCAAACAUAGCCUAGAAUUUUCUAUUACUUGAGGACGGCUAAAAAUUUCUGGAUGACCGUACCACUCAUGCACAAUUUUCGAAGCUUGUCUAAUAAAUUCCCUACGAUUUUCUACGAAUAUCCAUCGACACUUGCUGGAAAGAGCACCUUAACAUUAGUACAUUAGUGGGGUUUCUCGCCAGAGUGCGGACUGAUCGGGCUAAAAUUUCAUUUAAAUUAGCCUCUGGCUAAAUUAAUUCUUAUUAGGUUGUCCUUUACGGUCAUUUGAAAUAGUGAGGACAAAACCCUGUUUUCAGCGAGGACAGGAGAAAUGCGUGUCUUAAAAGGCGUGGAAAAAACUUGUGGAAUGUCAAAAAAACAGCAGGUUUAUGGUCCCAGAACAAAACAUUGAGUCAUGUACGAAUCCCUCCCCUUAAAUUCAUUCCUAGCAAAUUACCUUAUCAAUAUCCGUCAUUUCACUUCUUCAGGAAAGUUGUCAUCUCGACCGCCAUUGUGUUUUAUUGCAGUAAAAAUGGUUUAAAAAAAUUAUACCAAGUCUUAAGUAUUGGAUUUCUGCCUUGUACUUUUACAAAUGAAGGUACGUUUCUCAGUGAUGUAUUUACUUUUCACUUAAAGCAUUUUUCACUUUAACAGCAAUCCUAAUAUUCAUAUCAACAGACACUCUCCGCUUUUGCCAUUAAAUUUCGCUAAUUGUGGGCCCUUCUUUUAAACCGCACUACAUCGCUGUCAGUGAAAACUGGAUAUUUAAAUUGUGUUUCUGUGAUCUAUAGGGGGCUUAUAAGUUUGUUAUGUCGUUUUAUUUCAAAACGAAGGACUUCACUGUACUGGCUUAUCUCUGGCCAGCGAGAUCACUCAAUCUUGGACGGUAGUGUCUCAGUCACAGCUAAUUGGUAUGAAAAAGAUUAACAUAUAAAUUACAUUGAUAAUGACGAAGUUACUAUGAUACAUAGUUCGCUUUGAUUCAGUUAAUAAAGUUUGACAAAAAGUAACAAUUUAAUACUAACCUCAAAAAUACAAUUACACUACUAAGGCUGAAGAAAAAGUACCCUCUGCCGACAACCGUGCAAAUCCCCCCAGAAAUCUGAACGAAUAAAUUUAAAAAACGGGUUUUUUUCUGUUCUUAGCCUUUGAUAUGGAAAUGAUUUUUCACUCUCGUGGAAAUAAAAGUUAUUUUCACAAGAAAGGUUGUGCAAUUGGCCUCAUUUUUAAAGUGAGGGUUUUUAGAACCCGGAAGUGGUCUAUUGAGAAUCAAUAGAGGAGACAACGGUUUUUUUGGUGUCCUAGCAUUCAUUGACUUAACAGACAUUCCGUUAAAUUAUUCUUCCAAAACAAAUAUCACAUGCAAUAUCUAAUGUAUGCAUCGUCAUUCUUUAGGACGAAAGGAUAUAGUCGGUAAUAAAGGGACACCUUAUUUGUGCGAACAUGAGGAUCAGUACGUUAAUGAUGCUGACUCUUGCCUCCUUCUGUCUUGGUAAGUUGUUUCCAGUCUUCUAAGUUCACAAUACUGACGUGUGCAGCGAUUUCUACUAAGCAAGCGCCAAUCGACAGUUUAGUCUUUCAUACAUGAUAUUUUCUCUUAAAUAAAACUUUCUUUGCCAUUUUUUAAUCCCAUGUGAUAAAAAAAAAGACAAAACUAAAUUCGACCAAAUUGACCACCAUGAAGCUAACACGUAGAAUAGAAUUUAACUUAAUUUGGCAUAUCAUAGUAUCAAGUAUCAGCAAAGACAAAUUUCACUAACAUGUUUGCUUUUUUUUUUCAUUAGCUGCGGAAGAGCAAGGAAACCAGCGUAAAAAUAUCAAGUUGUUGUUCGUUCCAGCAGACGUUAUCGUAUCGCUUCGUAAGAACCUAACAGCCAAGGAUCUACUCGGGGGACUAAAUAUAGGAUCAACAGGCCAGGCCACACAGCGUUGGACACCAGUCCGUCUCCCGGGCGAUAAAACACGCUCCUUUGAAAUUCGCCUUAACCCCCGCACAGCGCAUAAACUUAACUUAAGCUUUCGACAUUUCAGAAUCGGACGAGGCCAUGGUCUACUAUUGGAGCUGAAGAACGUUUCUCUUUCAACACUGCAAAAGAACGUGUUGGAUAAACUGGUUGAGUUUUAUAAGAACUGUGGUAGUAGAAGAAGAGCGCAUAAUAGCAUGAUGCAUAGACUAAGGCGUCCAGUACUUCCUUUUAUGCCGCAUUCACUUGUGGUGCCUGGAGAUGUCCCGCUUUUGAGACGUAUUCAAAACGCUCUCGAACGUUUUUUCCCCAGGCGCCAUGACGGAUCGGUGGAAGUUGUUCAACACAAGGAUUCGAACGGAGCUGUUCAUUUUCUACCCUUUGACGAGGUGCGCCGUGAAGUAGAUAACCUCCUCAAACGAACAAUUGCAAACAAAGACUGCAUAAAGAUUAGCACAGACGCCUUGACUCGUGCUCUACAGGCUUUUAGAAGUCAGAAUAAUAACAAUACUAAUGAGAUCUCGGCAACCAGUGUCCUGAACAAUAAAAGCACUGGUAAAGGAGACAGGGGUAAUGUGGCUGGAGAUUCUCAGGACGCAAACAAUGAAGACGAAGAAGAUGGCAACAUUGUUUCUUUUGCUCGCAAUCUAGCUUCUCUAGACUCAGACAGACGAAACAAAGUAAACUUUACUUCUGGUGUAAACGUUCCUAAUGAUGCUGCACCAAGUAGCAUGGCGUCUGUCCUUGCAAAGCUGAGAAGAGCAAUUCGUCUGUUCCUAGCUAGCUAUAAAGGGAAUCAGAGCCUUCCCAGUAGUGAUAAAGAUCAUGGCAGCCCGGUUAGUGUUGGAAGUCAAAAUAAGACAAAGACCCGUGUGAGCAACAUACUGAAGGCUAUCAGCAGCGAUGAAAGUGAAAAAAAGAACGAAAACCGAAACAAGCAACAGCUGGGCUUUGAUUUAAGUGAAGCAACCAACAGAAUAAAAGUGAUGAGUAGUGAUAAAACCGAUAACAAAAACAAUAAAAGCAGCUCUAUCCAUGACAACAGCAGGCAACAUGCAGAACCAGUGAAAAUUAAGACCGAUGAUAUGAGUGCAGGAAAAGCAGAUACAGGCACAAGUUUAAUGGAAGUCAAAAAGGAUGUCUCGAAGGUUGCCCAAAACUCCACUUCUUCAGCUCAUGAAUUUGAGGCUCAUGACUACAGCAGUUUAAAACUCAGUAACGCGAAUAUUGAAGGCCUUCUUCGACUCAUCCAAGCUUUAAAGAAAGCAAAGAGCCUCAGAAAAAAUAAACCCGGGGAAGUUUUUAUGGGGAAUUCCAAGGGAACGGAAACAAUUAAUAAAAUGGAAUCUAGUAAAGUUGGAAGAUAUAAAAGGCCUCAUAAAUAUAAGCAUCGGAAUAAAGCUCGUGUUAAGGACAGGUAUAACAUAAAGCAACAAUCAGUUGUUUUUCAUUUCAAACCAAAGUCAAUGAGACAUAAAAUGCACACCAGAUUUAAAGACGGUCACGACGAUGACGAGGAUCAAGUUGACGAAGGCGGCAGUGAGAAGUACAUAGGCAAAGGGUCAUUUACAAAACCGCACCGUAAGCUAAACCGCAAGCCACAAAUCAAAGAAACGACGCUAGAAGACGAAGACGAUUAUGAUGGCAAGGAAAACGACAUUCACAAACAAGUAGAUGAUUAUCCAACGGAGGAGAGAGAAACUUAUGAAGAAAACGACGAUAGGUUAUUGAGAAAGAUGCGGCAUUCCAGAAAACAUGUUCACGCUAGCCGCAAAAGUCCAAAACUUCGUGUCGUGGUAUACGACGAUGACGAAGACGAAAAGGAACUUCACAACGAUAUGUGGCAAAAUAGCGAGAGCGAGGAGUUCGCAGAGAAACUUCACCAAGAUGACAACGAGGCCAUAACGGAGUCCCCGGACAAGACAUCGGAUGGAUCAGACACGGCACUUUAUAGGGACGAUCAGAAUAACCGGCAGUUGGAGCAAGGAGAGACUACAAGUGAGCAAACGAGUAAUUCUGAUUCUGAUGUUCAAUAUUUGGCAGACAGUAUUGGGACCGAUGAAAAUCGUCAGCUUGGGGAAAGCCAAGAGACGGAAGUACCCAACUUGGAGCCUUACUUAAAGAAACAUUAUGGUAAGUGAUUACCUUCUCCCAAACAAACAAAGUCUUUUUAAUGGAAUGGGGGAGAGCACUUGAUGAUAACAUAGUUAAACAGUCCAUAUUGAUUUCAUAUGAUUUCGUGAGAAAUCAUUUUCAAUUGGCAUUUCUAUACUGACAGAUAGACUCAAGAAAAAUGGCUCUGACUUACUCUUUUAUUGGUUAGAGUCUUCUGUUUGGUGAAGGCAUUUACACCGUUAAUGACUCUUGCAAACGUGGUGCCGAUGUAUAUAAUACGUUUCGGAUACAGUUAUUUGUCACAGUUGAUAGGGAUCCGUUACGUGAACCUCCUCUGCAUAUUCUCGUCACCUUUCUGAAUAGAAAUUUUUGAUCUCUUUUGCGUUAUAAAUUACUCUGAAGAAAAAACUACUCUUGUUAUCACUUGAAAUCUCCAAAAGUAUGAUUCAGAAAUCUUCAAUGCGGUGAAAACACUGUGAAAAGGGCAGUUGAUUAAUAUGUAAGUUGCCCACUCAAGGUAGCUAGCCUGCACAACAGUCGUUAUUAUUAUUAUUUAUUUUCACUGGGGGAGAAUCUAACGUGGAUUAUGUAAACAAAAGCAUCUCAAACUACGAUGUGACGAGUUUCCUUUGAAACUAAAAUUAUAAUGAUUAUUUGCUUUUUGUUGUAUUUAGAUGACGAGGAAGGUGAAGAAAGUGAAGAGAUAAAAAUGUUCAAUAAUCAAGAUGACAAAUUUGGCAACGAGAUGGAAAAACGAAUCAGCAAAGCUUCAAACCAAGACGACGCCUUGUUAAACGCACAAGUAAACCCACUGGAUAAUGUUGAAGAUAAAGUUCCCGGUAUAAUUCGCAUGCACAAUCUUCCAUUCACAAUCCAAGAAGAUUCAAAUAGUGAAGAUACCAGUCUUCUGAAGGGACAGCGUAAGGGUGACUCGCUUGGAACUCAGCAAACACUCGUUCCAGGUCGGAUACCCUCAGUGGUGCCCUUUAUGCCUUCCUCUCAACCGAUGGCAAUGACAUCUUUCACUCCAACAGCAAGUCAAGGUAUAGAUCUGUCGCCAAAUGUAGUCAUGCCGGCAGAGCAGACUACAGUAAUACCAGCGACUGGAGAACUUCCUCAAAUGGCUGGAGGUUCGCCGAUAGGGAGACCUGACAUCGCAGCAUUUUCGAGGGUUAAUUACCAGCCAAGCAUGGCCUCCCAAAUGAAUAGCAUGAUGCCACAAAUGCCGUAUCCGCAGUUCAACAGUAUGAUGCCAAUGCAACCAGGUGUACCAAACAUAGCAACUCCAUGGACGCCUGAAAUGCAGCCUGGCCAGAUAAGAGGCUACAUUUCCGGACGCUCUAAAGUGAACGCGACAUCUGGCGUCAAGAGGAGGCAGGCAUCAAAG